UAUUAAAAAUUAUUUCUAUGUCAUCUAUCGCAUCGAGAUCUCCGAAGAAGUCACCUAAGAAAAGUAAGGUGAAGUCUCCCCUGAGUAAAAGCAAGACCAUGAAGCAGCAAACAUUCUCCACUGCUUAUUACCAAGAUGUUGGCCUCACCGAAAACUCUGUAGAGAUUGACCACUUGAAAACAGUUAUUGUGUCAUUGAAACAGAAGGCAGAUGUUGCAGAUGAUAUCCAGCAAGAACUUGAUACCAAGACAACAAUGUUAAGACAAUGUGAACAAGCAAGAAAUGAGCUGCAGGACAAGUAUGAAGGGUUGAUUAAUGAAACAGAUGAACAAGCUAAGAAAACACAAGAAUAUCAAGCUAAGAUUUUGGUGAGGCUUGAGUUCUUAGAGAAAGAAAAUCAAAUGCAGAAAUCUGAAAUCCAGAAUUUAAAGAUGAAUUUUGACAACACUACUCAGAUUAAAAUUAAUAUUGAUGAAGAGUUGAAGAAUUCAAAACAACAUAUUGUGGAGUUAGAAGCACAAAAAGCUGAACUCAAAAAACAACUUACCAUUGCUUCUGACUACCUCAUCGAACAAGACGACAAAGUCCACAAAGCCAACAAAACCAGCCUCGAACUACUCGACCACCUCAAAGAUGCCGAACUCGAAAUCGAAACGCUCAAAGACUACAUCGUCGAGCUCAAGCACCGCAUCGCAGUCUACAUUCCGGUUGAAAGUGACUCAGUCGACGCCAAGCUUGCCGAGUACAUCAACAACUACCCAGAACGCAACCGCCUGAAAGUGAUGUUCAUGCGGGAGUCCUCGGGCAUCUACCAGUUCGGAACCCGCAAGAUCUUCGUCAAAGUUGAGCAAGACAAGAUCAUAAUCAGAGUGGGCGGAGGCUUCCUCACCAUCGACGAGUUCCUGGACAUCUACACGCCACUUGAGAUCGAGAAGCUUGAGCGCAAGAGUCCACUCAAGAAGUUCUCUGAGAAAGUAGCUGUGCAGAAGACCUGCAUCGGCAGAGAAAUCAGAGAGGACUCACCAAUCAGAUCGCCAGCAAGGUCACCGAAGAGAGGCUCACCGACCGGGAAGAGAAGUCCAAUGAGGAGGACAUCACCAAAGAAGGGAGGAUCCCCACUCAAAAAGUAGAAUCUUCCUUCUACCCUAAGCCUAUCCAAUAUUUCAAUAAUUUCUC